UUCGAUCUCUCCUCUCAUACAUAACAAUCCUUUCCUUGCGAGCCCGACAUGCAUCGCCUGCUCGACAAAACUCCAAGACCAACACUCUCGGGCACGUAUAAGACGCCUGAAAGCUGCAGCACGUCCAUUUCACAUUCACAUUCAGACGAGACCCUUUUCAGUUCACCUGUCUCCAUGGACUCAUCAACCCUGCCGCGUCUUCUUCCUCCUCUCCCAUCGCUUCAUCGCCAGCAGCACUACCGUCCGCACCAUCCCAAAACCGUUCCAAGACAUGGCAAUGGCAGGAUGCCGCCAGCGGCAGCGCGUGUCAAGACGGGGCGUGGAGGACGAGACGCCGGAAAGUUCCGCGCCCAGGGGCUGUUCGGCGAUGGCGGCGGAGACGGGCUCCGGACCGUGAUGAGGAUGGUGAAGCUCAACUCCGCCAUCCAGAACCGGAGCGUCCGGGAGCUCCUCGAGCUGCUCGGCGACGAGUGCCUCUACUUCUUCGGUAACCUCCGGUCCGUUGAUGUUCCGCAGCUGGGCAAGGACAUGUUCCUGCUUCUCCAUGCGCUGAUGGUCCGGCACCAUGUGUCGUUCGUGCUCAAACCGUCUCCAGACGAAGCAGGCUUCGACCUGGGCGUGAAGUGGUCUCUAGAAUGGAAGGGGAAGAAGCUGCCUUGGGACCUCGACUGCAACGUCUCCACUAGCCACGUCUAUCGGGGCCUCCUGCUCGUCAGCCAAGUGAACAAGACCUGCGUGCCACUGCUUCAGAGGAUUCUUGGGACCAUCCAGCAGAAUCUGGACGCGGUAAUUUUGACCAUCGUGCACAACGUGCUGCCAGAAGGUACACUUGACGAGAAGAAGAGGAGCACGAUCGUUUUCUGCGUCAUUAUCGGCCUCCUGGUCAUGAUACUGUUCUACGCACUGUUCAAGAACUUGUAGGGUUCAUCAUCACACCAGAACAAGAAACGAGCAUCAUGUACAGUUGCAGGAUCUUGUAAAUGGUCUGCAUCAUUGCAGGAACAGAAAUACCAAAUUCUGGAACAUGGCCAGCCACGAUGCACAGUAGUUGUUUGCUGUAAACAACUACUGUCCAUAAGAUCGAUAUGAUGAUACAGGGGUUGAAGAAAAGGAUGAACAUUCAGGAUAACGAUCUAAACUGUAUAAGUUAGGUAUCACCUACAACAUAACAUUGGGGGGGUACAGAUGUCUCGAGUCAACUUAGGACACUAGCAAUGUAAGAGGCUUCCAGGUUAGCUAACGAGAAAGCGACUUCUUACCAGAAAACGCACCUACGGUUGCUGAAUUUACAUCAGCCAAAGUA